GACACGAUAGUAGAAGUUGCAUAUUUUGUUUUAGUGACAUUAAUGACGCAUAGCCCUGGUUAGUUGUGGCUAACACGACAGCAGCUAGCUAACAAGCUAACUGCUACUACGGGUUUUCGUUAGCCUGUUAGCCUUCUAUGCUCAGUCCGACGCGAAGACUAUUUGUUAGCUGGUUUUCCUGGUUGUGACCUAAACCCCACACUGUGACGCUGAAUAUCUGGUUGAUAUAUGAUUAGCUUUAAUUUGUGUUUUCAUUAAAAUACAUAUUUUAAAGGCAAUUGGGUUGCUUGGUAGUUUCAGACGCGAUCGUUACAUAAUCUCGCUGUUGCAAGUCAAAUGGCUUCACUUUCCAGUGUCGCUGUUCGUCUUAAGCUAUCGUUUCCUUGAGCAACACACGAGAUGGUAGCUAGUGUUUUUGGCAGUACAACUGAUGCAUAUUUACGGCUACAUUCAGAGUAAUCGUCGUAUCGUCACUAGGCAAUGCUACGAUUUACACUCUAUUCAUCACGUGAUGUGAUCUAAAAUCCACAAUGUGUGAGGACAUUUAAGAACGAUUGAGUUCGGAAGAAAAAAAAAUCUUGAUUCCAGUGGAAUCUUCCAUAUUAUAUUAUUAUUAUUAUUAUUAUAUUUUUUUCCUGUGUUAAAGCUUACGUAUAUUUACAUACACGCAUCCCACUAAAGUAGCCAUGCCAGUGCAAGCCCCACAAUGGACAGAGUUCCUGCUGUGCCCAAUCUGCACGCAGACAUUUGAGGAGACUGUUCGGCGGCCCAUAAGUUUGGGCUGUGGACAUACUGUCUGCAAGAUGUGCCUGAACAAGUUACACCGUAAGGCCUGUCCCUUUGACCAGACAGCCAUAAGCACAGACAUUGAGCAGCUACCUGUCAACACAGCCCUGUUACAGCUGGUGGGAGGCCAGGUUCCUAAGGCUCAGCCUGUUGCCUUGAUUAACAGUCCAGAGGAUUCUCAACAUUAUGAGGAGGCCAGACAGUGUGUGGACGAGCUGGCCCUUUACCUCAAACCCCUUAGCAACACUCGAGGUGUGGGUCUUAGCAGUACGACUCAGAGCAUGCUGAGUCGACCCAUGCAGAGGAAACUGGUAACUCUGGUCCACUGCCAGCUGGUUGAGGAGGAAGGCCGUGUUAGAGCAAUGAGAGCUGCACGCUCUCUGGGUGAGCGAACUGUCACUGAACUGAUUUUGCAGCAUCAGAAUCCCCAGCAGCUCUCCUCCAAUUUGUGGGCUGCCGUCAGAGCACGAGGAUGCCAGUUUCUAGGCCCAGCCAUGCAGGAGGAAGCUCUAAAGUUGGUCCUUCUUGCACUAGAAGAUGGCUCAGCUUUGUCCAGGAAGGUGUUGGUUCUUUUUGUAGUCCAGAGGCUUGAGCCACGCUUUCCACAGGCCUCAAAAACUAGCAUAGGCCAUGUGGUACAACUCCUCUACAGGGCAUCCUGUUUUAAGGUGACCAAACGUGAUGAAGAUUCAUCCCUGAUGCAGCUGAAAGAGGAGUUUCGUACUUACGAGGCCCUGCGGCGUGAGCAUGACUCUCAGAUUGUUCAGAUUGCCAUGGAAGGUGGCCUGCGCAUCGCCCCUGACCAGUGGUCUUCACUGUUGUAUGGAGAUCAGUCUCAUAAGUCCCACAUGCAGUCUAUUAUAGAUAAGCUGCAGACACCAGCAUCUUUUGCUCAGAGUGUCCAGGAGCUGACGAUUGCACUGCAGAGGACUGGUGACCCAGCCAAUCUCAACAGGCUGCGGCCUCACCUAGAGCUUCUGGCCAACAUUGAUCCCAGCCCAGAUGCUCCACCUCCUACUUGGGAGCAACUUGAAAAGGGGUUGGUAGCAGUAAAAACAGUGGUGCAUGGCUUGGUGGACUUCAUCCAGAACCACAGCAAGAAAGGAGCUGAUCCUCAACAGGUUGGUUUGGACCUCAAAAUAAAUGGGCCUCCUCAGCACAGCAAGUACAAGACAUACAUGUGUCGUGACAUGAAGCAAAAAGGAGGCUGUCCUCGUGGAGCUAGCUGCACCUUCGCUCACUCUCAGGAAGAACUGGAGAAGUAUCGUAAGAUGAAUAAACGUCUGGCAGCUCGCCUCCCUGGCCCAGGAGGGCUGAUGCCUGAUGAGGGCCUUCCACUUGAUGUAACAGUGACCCGGAAGACGUCCCCUCUUCCCAAUGGCAGUGUUGCUCCUUCUAUACCCCAGCUUAUUCCUCGUGGCACAGAUACAGUCUCAUUUGGACUGCUGCCCAAAUCUGUCAAGAUGGAGGGAGGGAGUCCCAGUGCCCCAGGAUCACCUCCUGAUGUACUGGACCAAGUGUCCAAACCUGGCAUGGCUCUGCCACAUCAUGCCAUGGCCCAUCCAAGGAUGCCAGCAGACCACCUCUCUGGGGUAAAACACAUGCCUGUGGUGCCCAGAGGUUCCCCAGUGUACCCUCAGGCACAGCUCCCAGAGAUGUGCUAUGAUGCUCGCCCACCACCUUCUGCCUCUCAGUAUGAGCCCUCUCAAUACCCCACUGGGUACCCCUACCAACAUUCGUAUGUUACUCAGGAUUACAUCCGUAACCCUCCUGUCUCCAAUGAGCCAGGGCCCCCAUAUCAGGACCCCUAUCCUGGCUAUGGCCCUCCAGAACGUCCCUACCAGCCUCCUCACUCUGGUCAAACCUACUCCUACCCUCACCCUCCCCACUAUGACCGAGGUCGCCAUGGGCCCUACUCUGUCCCGCCACCUCCCCCACAGCCUUACCAAUCCCAGAGGGAUAGCCUGGUUAGAAUGAGUCCCGCACCUCUGGAUGUUGCCCCACAAACAGUAGGGCAGGCUAACUCGCUUUACCACCAGGAGCCCCUUGCACGGGAUAGAUACGCACCAGAUGGCUACUAUCCACCAAGUGCUCAGGCUCCACCCAUUAGGAGUUAUCCCAGGGGACCACCUUACAGUGGUUCACAGCCUAGCCUAGACUAUCUGCAUCGGCGACGCCAGGAGCUAUUAUCUCAGCUGGAGGAAAGGAAGGUCAUCUCCCCUCCACCUUUUGCUGCCUCACCAACACUUUCUCAUCCCUUCCCAAGUGACUACCCUCCUGAGUACGGUGAUGAGAGCUCCAAAACCAAAUGCAGAAAAGCUGAUUAUGCUGGGCAGUACUCCCCAUGGUCUUGUGAAACUAUUGGCUCAUACAUUGGUAAUACUAAGGAUCCCAAACCCAAAGAUGUUAUGGUUGCUGGUACCAUGGAGAUGAUGAAUGUGGAGACUAAAGGUUUGAGGGAGUCAUCACUGGAUGCUCCACGGAGAAGUACAGAAGUCAAGGAUGAUGAUCCGAUUAUCCCAUUUGGCCCUCAGCCCUACGUGUCACGCUUUGGUGCCAUCUCCCGCACUUCAAAGACGGGCUACCAGAGCACGGGCCCCGUGCACGCUAUGGCCUCCACUUCCCAGAAUCCAAAUUCUAAACAUAUGGCCAUGCCAGCAGAAUACAAUUAUGGAAGUCAUGGAGGAUGGGGUGGAACUUCAUACCCCUCCCACCAGACUGCCUCCUCCUCUCAGGGACACUUUGAGCGCCUAACAAUGGCAACCACAGAGCGAGAACAGUUAAAGAUUGAGUUGCAAAAAGUCAACCAGCAAAUCACACAGCAGACACAGAUGCAUAGCAUGGAGGCUGGAAGUAACUCUUUACUGUUGUCAAGAGAGGCUAGUGCUUUGGCAGGUCAGCCUGUGCAGCCCAGCCAGAGCCAAGCAGCAGCAGCAGCAGCAGCAGCAACUGCCCAGCAGCAACCCAAGUGGCCAGCAGGUGGCUCAAGUACAGCAACAGUUUCCAGUGAACAGCUAAGCCUGGAGCUCCAUCAGGUAGAGAGAGAAAUCGGAAAGAGAACCCGUGAGAUGGCUAUGCAGGAAAACCAAGUAGUGCAUGAUGUUCAGCAGUACAAGAUUAAACCUGCAGAGAAUGGACAACCAGAGCAUAAGACGCAGCUUGAGGAAAUCUCCUUGGCCCUUGGUGAGGUGUCAAAUGGCUCCAGCGGUCUGCAAGAAAGUGCAGUGGGUGGAUCUGUGCUGACACUGACCAAUAAGACGUCAGCAUUGAGCCUGUGUUCGGAUCAAGGUGCCACUGGUUCAGAGGUGCAGAAGAAUGGUGUUGUCCAUUCCUGCUCUUAGACAGUAGAUGCGUAUACUCACACACAUACACACACAAGAUGCUCGAUUGAAUAGCAUGCACAGGCACACAUAAACCCAUUCUAUUUAGAAGAUGAGCAGUAUCUGCCGUGAUAUGAAUUUUCUUUCUUUUUGUUCUGUGAAUGAGCUUUUUUUAAUGACUUUCCUUGCCUGGAAACCAGGGCAUAUAAUAACAUUUCUCAUGUGUGUUUCCUUUUUUUUUUGUACUGGGAUUUCUAGAUUAACAAGGCUCAAAAUAGAUAUCUGGAAGAGAAAUGGUGGUGGUCUUGACAGUGGACAUUUAAUUUCACUUCAUUUUGAAAAGGACCGGCCCGUUGGAUCUUCAGUAAAAACCACGACUGUAGUUAAGUAUUUGGCAUCUAUAUUUGUUUGGCCUUCCCCAUGUAAGAAGUUUGGUUUUACCAGCUUUCAUGUAAAUAAACGGUUAGGUACAAAGGGGAAGAUCUGCCAGUAGAGUCGCAUAUGAAUCUUCUGUAAGUUCUCGUGUUACAGUCUGAUCUGUGAAAGCAAUAGGAGGGCGACGUUCAGGCUUCACCCCCAGAAUCGUAAACAAACCGUGGCUGUCCAGAUCUAGAUAGUCUGAGGAGGGAAAAGCACAGCGUUCAUCAGUAUUUGGCCAAAGUGGAGAUGCAAGGUGAUUCGGACAUCACUCUUGCACCACAAGCACUUCCUCAACUGCCACAAAGUUUUUAUUUAAAUUAGUGCGUUUUAUGAACACAUCUUAUAUCCGUUUCAUACUUGAAAGCAGUAUAUUCUGUAUUUAAUUGAAGCAUUCUGUUUUAAAGAUUGCCUUUUUGAUAAUGAGCUGUCUGUGUGUUUUCUAUAAGGGAAUCUACUAUGCGCUUCUCUACCUGAUGCAUGUUGGUUGCAAUGCCUUUUGCCUGUGCUCCAAAGACUUGCAUUCAGUCCCAACUCAUCAAGUGGUGAAAUUGUUCACAGCUUAUGUAAAAGUAAUGGGUUUUGGGGGUGGAUAUAGUGAAUGCUCAUGAUUAGGCCGUGAGAAUGCAUUUUUAUGCUUCAGGACAGGUGGAUCAGUAUAAACAUUGUAACAUCGAGUUAAAGUAAUGAGUAUUUCCCUCCUCAGAGCUUCUUAUCUGGCCACACAGAAGGCCUCCCCAUUGGGAUUAUCUUGUCAUUUGUUCUCCUAACUUCUAUGAAGUUGCCUUCCCUUGUGUCUUUUGUUGUUUUUUUGCUUUACACAGUUACGAUUUUGGGGGCUGAAACAUACCUAGUCAAGGGCUUGAUUGGAUGCAUAUCGUUCCCUAUGUAAAACUUAGCACAUGCACUCUUUUAGAGAGAACUGUUGUAGCGUUUUUGGCUGCACAGUACAUUUGAAAUCAUGUUUACAGUGAAGGAUGAUGUUGGUUACUUGGGGGUAAACAAAAGACAACUCUGAACAACAGCUGUCCUUUUAAGUGUAAGAAACCAUCUCUUAGUGAGUAGGACCACUGUCAUUAUCACCACCAUUAAAACUCUUUCUCCAUCAUGUAAAUUGUUUACUGCUGAUGCUCAACACAGAGCUCUUUGCCUUCUAUAAACAAUUGGCAUGAUUGGCUAUAAUUUUACAGUUCUGCUGAGAAUGAGUGAGUCCUUGUGCUUGAACGGUUAAAGAGUAGAGGAGAAGCUCUGGGUCCUAUAUAGUUAAACGUUAAAGCCUCCAUUUCAGUCAGACGAGGGGUACCGAAAAACUGGCAGUUUGACAAAUCCCUGAUGGCUAAUGAGUCGAUUAAAUGAACACAAACAUUUGUGUGUCUUGAUGUCCUCAUUUGCGCUAUGUGAUGAGCAUCUCUUCCAGUUGAUCUGCACCAUGAUAGGGGAUGUUUGGGUUUUUCUUUGUUGUAAUUUUUCCACCCACACUGCAAGCCUUUGGCUGCUCCUCGCUACAUUUAUUAUUUAGGUACACAGCUCACUUAUACAUAUGAGUAUGUAUACAUACAUUAAUAUACUAAAGCACUAUUAAUGUGCCACCUCUUAUUCUACUUGCUCAGCAUUUAUAUUAAAUGAUCUCUACUUAGAAUCAGCAAAAUGUUUUUUGUUGUUUUUGAUUUGUUUUCUGUCCACUGGUUGCCAACACAGACUUUAUCCUUUCCCAGACGAAGGACUUCUGUGCGCAUUGAUGUGUGUUCACUUAAUCUUUUGUGUUCAAACAAAGAUGUUCUUUAUAGACUAUGCUUCCGAAGAAGACAAAAUUCUGUAACUUUGGACAAUUUUUGGAGAUGUUUUGUGUGUGCUAGAUUGUAUUGUAGAAAACGUACCCUGAUUAAGUUCUUUUUUUUUUAUCUUUUCUCAAAGUGUGCUGUACUGGGUGAUAGUGGUGAGGUAUUAGAAAAGAGUUUGGGUUCCUUCCCACCCCAGCCCUCAAGACAAUAUUCAGGAAGUGUCUGAGGAAAGGUUGGCCUUAAAUCCGUUAUCAAUGCUCCUUCACGUUGUCUGCUUUGGGAGCUUGAGUUAAUUGGCAUGAUUUUGAGUCAGAAGCCCCUUGGAAAACAUCAACCUACAAGUUUGCAGUAAAGCAAAUCUCAAGAUUUGAGGCAAGUGUAUUUAACUUUUUUUUUUUUUUAAGAAAUGUUGUUAAUCUAGCAGGGAUUGUAGCUUUUUCUUUUUCUCUUGUUUCUGCAGUAGCGAGUGAAUUUACUGACCUGCAAGUCUUACAGUCUCUAAUGUAUCAUCUGACCUAAUGUGUCUUCAGCAGCUGCAGGAGUUUCAGUUAUAUUUGCAUAAAGUUUGUUUUAAAAUAAAAAUAGGCCAAAGUUCAGGAAACUCAGCAAACUAAUUAGAAAAAGAGCAGAUUGAGUUUUGCCAUGAAUUGAGAAAUGUAUUGUUUGCAUUCUCUCUCUAUUGCAAGGAAACCAAAUGAUCACUCAGCUGAGUGUUCCUGAAAGGUCCCUGUCCAUCUGAAUGCGUCUAAAAUGCCUUUAGCUUAUCAGAACUUUACUAUAUAGAUGGCAAAGACGAUCAUCUGAACCACCUGUGUUUUGGGUUCUGAGUGGGACAGCUGCCUCUACCCCCAUCUACUUAACCUGCUAACCCCUCCACUCCCUCUCUUCACCACUGAACUCUGUUACUGCUGUUUGAGACUCUCAAUUUAUUCCCUGACUUUCUGGGGAAAUUCACAAAAGGCUUUUUUAUAUGAUUACGCCCUUGUAAAAUAUCUCUUAAAUUAAGGUACAGGUUUGAUUUCAGCAAGAAAAAAAGUUUUUAUAUGUAUAUUAUACUCCAUUAAGGAAUGUCUAGAAUUAUCUUCUUCCAAUGUGGAUGUAGCCAUUAUUACGCCAUUUUAUGACUUUGUAAGAGAAUUCACUGUGUGAAAUUGGUUUGCAUUUUUGUAUAAUACAAUCUGCUUUUUUUGUUUGAUAUGAGAUAGAGGUCAAACUGGACGUUUGAAGAGACGAAAAAAAAAACCUGUGAAAUUGAAAAAACAAAAUGUAACUUAUGUGCAUCAGUGAUUCUAAGGGGGAAGGAUUAAAUGAUAUUGCUAACUCUGAA